CGGCCCCCCCUGGAGACCUUCGCGGAGGCGCUGGCCGGCCGGUGGUGGCCCAGCAUGGGAUUGCAGUGAUUGACUGCUCUUGGGCGAAGCUGCAGGAGACCCCAUUUAGCAAGAUGAAGGGAAACCAUCUCCGGCUCUUGCCCUACUUGGUGGCGGCAAAUCCAGUGAACUAUGGGCGGCCGUGGAAACUGUCCUGUGUGGAAGCUUUUGCUGCAACUCUCUGCAUUGUGGGUUUUUCUGAUCUUGCCACAGUUCUCCUGCAAAAAUUUAAAUGGGGAAAACAAUUUCUUGAUCUGAAUAGCGAUCUAUUGGAGAAAUAUGCAGCUUGUGUCUGUGAAGAGGAUGUGUUGAGAGUGGAAAGAGAAUUUCUGGCUCAUACCCAAGAGGAAGAAAAAGAUAAUAUAGACCCCUUUGAUAUUGACUCUGGAAGGGCAUUUUUUAAUCCCAACAGACCUGACAGAAUAAAAACUGUAACUGAAGAGGAUGAAAGUUCAGGUGAAGAAACAUCAGAAAAUGACGAUGAAAGCCACAGCAGCCACCAGAGUAGCAGCAGCAGCAGCGAGGACCUGAAUGCAACACCUGGUGACCUGGCUGUGUGUGAGAGAGAAAACGAAGAAAUGAGAAAUGAGGGCUCUCACCCUUGAGUGUGCAUACAAGCAGAUCAGUGUUGCAGAAUGGAGUCAUAGGGUCCACUUCUUAAUGAGUUCAGGGUCACUCUGCACACUUGGACUGUGUAGGAGAGACCCCAGUUAAUGUUGUUAGUAUCACUGUUCCUAGAAGGAGCUUGAGGAGGUGUCCUUUGGUUGAUAGGCUGCUUCAGCUGGUUGGAGGAGGCCUUGCCUUUACUAGAUUUGCUCAGGAGAUCCAUGUAUGUAGCAUCCCAGUCACAGGGCUUCUUUCCCACAGUAAAUGUUUAAAGUGAUUACUGCUACAAAAACAGUGCCUCUACAGGUUGAAAGAAAAUUGACCAGAAGGCGGGACUGUCCCUCCAAUAUAUUUUCUUUCAGCAGGGCUGAUGGUAGCAUCUUUGUAGUAACAACAGGUCAAGACAGUAACUGUAGAAAAGAAACAGCACAAGAGGAGGCCCUUGCAGGCGGAAACAACUCCCUGGCAGUCAUACCCUUAUUAGGUCUCUGUUCUGUUAAGUCCUCUUCUGCUCUGGAACAGACAGAUACCACCAUGGAUAGAUCUUCUGGGCAAGCCCUUUCAUGGUUUUAACCCUGGACCACAUUUCUGGGUGGGUGAGUUGUCUGAAAAAAGAGCAAAAAGCCAACUGUAACUACAAAAGGCUUUGGAUAAACAGGGCUGCACAUUCUAUUAUGCUGACCUUUUCUCAAUAGAAAAAAAGUGAGGUCACUUGGUCCAGCACCUGCGAAACUAGGCUGUGAGUAUAUAGAUGCCGGUGUUCUGUCAAGUGAAUGGAGUGCAGCUAAGUCGUGUGCAGGCAGAAAUACCAGGCUGUUCAUCGUCUUCCCCUAACCCCCCCCCCCCCCGUUCUGUAUUUGUGGGGCUUUGACCUUUUUGAAGCAAAAAUAGGAGGAGGGGAGAUUUAUCAAAGUCAAAGGAAAGGCAGUUGAAAUCCAGGGCAAUCCUAGCUGUCUUGAUACCACGGUGAUAAUCCGUCAUAAGAGAGCCAGGUCCCUAAAUGCCUUCAGUUCAAUGGUGGUGGUGACUAGAAGAUGGAGGAGCUGCACGCUGAGGCCCAGAGCCUUCCCCUCAGAAUGCCAUUUCUGUCCAGGACUAGACACUGGAGUCCUCCUCACACACACACACCCAUCCCAAACCUCUUCCUCAGGACAACUUGGACAAGGAAGGCGGACCAAAGCCCUGGAAGGUCCCAUUAUGCUGGAAUGGAGGCCUAAUUGUGUUUGCUUCCUUGUAAUGGAGAGCUUUAAAAACGUUGAUGAAAUAUGUUCUUUCAAAAUGAUUUCAUAACAUUAUAAACAUUGACCAUUUCUAAGCUGUAUGCUAAUUUAAAAAUAGAUUUUUUUAAAAAUUCUCAAGAGUAUUUUGUUGCUAUAUGUAAAUAUGUUGCCACCCACAAAAUUAGUUAUCUGGGUGUGCCAAAAGACAGUGAUCGUAAGGUGUGAGUCAGAUUGUACGACCAGUUAUUGUAAGAUACUUAUCUUACAAUAACUGGUCUUACAAUCUGACUGACCAGGUCUUCAUCUGCCAGAGGAAAGGCUGGGGGUGGUAUGUGUGUGUGUGUGUACCAGAAUCUCUGAAGGUCCCACAUUACAUGGAUCUCAAGAGUAUGAUGGGAAACCUGUGCAGCUAGGAAAGUGCCAGUGUUGUGUGUUCAGACUGCCUAGUCCCUUCAUAAUUUUACAGCCUUUUUCUGAACCAGCUGUAGUUCCCAAUCUGUUUUGAAUGGGGCCCACAAACAGUACAUUGCAGGAGUAUAAACUGGGUAGUACCUCUGUCUACUGAGCUGAGAUUUAGGCUGCCUAAAGGGUGCUUCAGGUCACUUCGUCUAGUCCCUCCGACCUGUGAGCCUCAACCUGCAGGGUCGUGGGGUAGGCAGUCCUGCACUUGUCCUUCUGAUCACCAUUGGCUCCACCGGCUGGUGUUGAUGGCAACUGCCAUGCCACAUAAUCCAGAGGGAUCACUGCUUUCAGGAGCUUACAAGCCCCGUUAGAACAUGUUGAAGACCAGACAUACACCCUGAUAAAUUGCCAAUCAGCUUGAUAUCUUCUUGGUAUUGUGUGCUUUUCCUGGCUCCAUUGCCAAGGCCAGGCCACCAUUGUAGAGCAGCCUAACUUCGACCUUAUUGAAACCAUAAAGCUGUGUGGUUUCUUUGGUCUCGUGAUACCUAAGAGCUAAUUUGUGGCCCUGCUUUAAAAAAAAUUAAAAGCUGGAACAACUCUUAUCUCAAAGGAAGAUAUUUGUGACUUCUUGGAAGCACCCAGCUCCAUCUUGGUGUAUAAAUGAUGUUAAUAAAUGUUUACUUAUUUAUACUU